AUAAAUGGUGCUUCAACGGCACCAGCAAUGGGUUUGAAACGACGUCAAGAGACAGACCCGAAACGAUCAUCACGACCCUACUUGCGUAGUGCCUUCUCCGAGAACAAUUCCUGCGAUGAGCAACAACAACGGUUCAAGUGCAAUCGUUGUGGUGCAGACAAUCGUUAG